AAGAAACCUGGAAGUCAGCAGAGCACUGAAGUAUGCGGCUGCAAUCGAUCAAAAUGCACACAAAGAUCUUGUCUUACCCCGCUAUUAGCCGAGGGACCGUGCACACCCGGGCCUCAAGCUCGGGCCAACUGGUGUUUGAGAGUCUUCGAAAUAGUGCCAAUGCUGAAAUGCCAAGACAAAAUGGUGCCCUGUCUCGUCAUCCGAAUGCCAAGGCUACCGCUGUCCCACAGCACGCCCCAGCCUGGUUCUGGCGGCACCUCAACGGCCGCAACGACGACGCUGACGACAACAACAGGGCCCCGUGUUUAUGCGCCGAUAACUACAAACAGCUGCUUCUUCGAGGACCCCAACAUGGCAGUCCAGCAGCAUGUCCUGAACUGGCUGUACAGUGUCUUGACAAGUGAAUAUCGAGAUGUCAACCGUGCCUACAGCGAUGUUGCCCAGGCCCUCGCGCAAUAUCCCUCCCUCUCCCCGAGGACCGAUGUCCACACCUUCCCCAACGGUUCAUCAGCUCUCCUGGUUCGCCUGACCGGCACCAUCCCCGUCCUGUUUCGCGGCACAACAUAUCGAUUCCCGAUAUCACUAUGGGUUCCCCAUGCCUACCCGCAGGAAGCGCCCCUAGUCUACGUGACCCCGACCGAAAAUAUGAUGGUGCGCCCCGGUCAGCAUGUUGAUCCGCAGGGACAGGUCUACCAUCCAUAUCUCGCGGGCUGGGCUGGGUUUUGGGACAAGUCUAGCAUUCUCGACUUUCUCGCCAUUCUGCGAGAUGUCUUUGCCAAAGAGCCGCCAGUAGUGGCUCGACAGCCAGGGGGACCGCCGCCUCCACCAGCUCAGCAAUUGCAACCGGCAUCACCACCUCCUGUUCCUCCCCUCCCGCCUGAUCUCGCCUCCAGGCCAUCAAUUCAGGCUCAACAUCACAGCCCGGAAAAUGCGCCGAGACCACCACCCCCUCCACCAAAACCCGGCAUGCAAGUCGACCCACGACAACCUCCUGUCCAAGGGUCACCUCGAGCCGGUCCCCCAGUACCUCCAUUACCACCAAAGCCAGGACGUCCUAUAAGCCAGUAUGCCGGUGAAGAUCCAAGACUGCAUCAUGAGCAACAAGCGAGACCGGGUCCAUCACGAUACGACACAGCACCCCCAUUACCACCCCAAGCGCCCCAGUCUCCUCCGGUACCACCACGUCCCUUCCACCCUCCAGUCCAGCAACAACCACCACCACCACCACCAGGCCCCCAAUACCAACGUUCUCCCCCUCCACCAAGCAACUACUCCCCGGGACCCCCUCAACCCCCUUAUCUCCCCAACGACACUCGCCGCGCCCUCCCUCCACAACAACAAUUCACCCCCCUCCACCAACAACAAUGGCAACAACCCCAAGCUCAACCUCCCAUCCAACAACCCCCACCACCCCAACCCAAUCCCCCCGUCCCGGACAUCAUGGACUCGGAAGACCUAACUCUUUCCAUUCCACCCACCACAACCUCGGCGCCACCCAUCCCCCCAAACCCUGAAAAAGACGCGCUCCUCCGCCAGCUCGCCUCAACACUGUUUACACUACGGCAGCAGGCCCGCGACCAGAACAACUCCUCCCUUGCAGGUCUGCAAUCGCAGCGGCAAGCCAUGGCGGCAGCAAGCCAAAGAAUGCAAGCUGAGUUGGCGCAACUGACUCAGCUUUCGAACCUCCUGACGUCCAACACCUCCAUCUUGCAGGACUCGCUCAGAAAGGCAGACGCAGUGAUUGAGAGCUCGUCUCGUCUUCCAGAGCCGAAUAUUGACGAGCUUUUAGUGGCUCCGACAGUGGUGGGGAACCAGCUUUACGAUCUUGUCGCCGAAGAGAGGGCGUUGGCGGAUGCGAUUUUUGUGCUUGGGAGGGCGGUGGAGCGGGGACGGAUCGCGCCGCAGACCUUUGCGAGGUUGACGAGGAGUCUGGCGCGGGAGUGGUAUCUCAAGAAGGCGCUGGUGAAGAAGAUUGGGGUUGGGAUGGGGUUGAGUACCGGUGUUGGGUACUGAACGGUCGCAAGAUAAAUGGAAAAAAUAACAGGCAGUGAUAAGAACAGAAGCGUUCAUCUAUCAUUUAUCUAAUGCUACUUGGUACUUUCCAGCACAAGGCCGACUAUCGGUUGUUUUGUGUGCCCUGUCUUUUGUCUUAAA